AUGAACAUGCAGAAAAUCAUGAAGUCUCUCCUUUUUCUCACACUCAGUGUUCAUCUGGCAUCAGCAGCCACUCACUCUCUGCAAUACCUCUACACUGCAGUAACUCCAGGAAUAAGCUUCCCAGAGUUCUCUGUGGUGGGUCUGGUGGAUGGAGAGCAGAUUGUGUACUAUGACAGUAACAUCAGGAAGAUGAUCCCCAAGACAGGCUGGAUAAAGGAGGUUGAGGAUGAAGAUUACUGGAACAAAGAGACCCAGAUUAGUCAGCGUCAUGAGGAGAACUUCAGAACCAGUGUGGAUAAUCUAAAGCAGCGCCUCAACCAGAGUGAAGGAGUUCACACAGUGCAGUGGAUGUACGGCUGUGAACUGGAUGAUAAUGGGACCAAAAGCGGAUAUGAUCAGUACGGUAAUGACGGGGAAGACUUCAUCAGUCUGGAUCUGAACACUCUCACCUGGACUGCAGCCAACGCUAAAGCUGUUAUCACAAAAGAGAGGUGGGACAGUGAAGCCUGGGCUCCUCAGAUGAAGAACUACCUGGACAAUGACUGUAUCAAUUUGUUAGAGAAGUAUACAGGUGAUGGCAGAUCCACCGUGGAGAGGAAAGUCCCUCCUGAGGCGUCUCUGUUCCAGAAGGACUCUUCUUCUCCAGUGGUGUGUCAUGCUACAGGUUUCUUCCCCAAAGCAGUGAUGAUCUCCUGGCAGAAGAAUGGAGAGGAUCUGCAUGAGGAGGUGGAGCUCAGAGAGACGCUACCCAACCAGAAUGGAACCUUCCAGAGGAGGAGCGUUCUGACUGUCUCACCUGAGGAGCUGAACAAACACAGCUACACCUGCAUCAUUCAGCACAGCAGUCUGGAGAAGGAGAUGGUGCUACAGGUGUCUGAUCGCAGAGUCCUGCAAGGUGAAGUCUCAUACGGGAGUGCAGCUGUUAUCAUCAUUAGUGCACCUGUGGUUCUUAUUCUCUUUCUAUGGAUAACGAAGGAAAGGUCUGAACCUUCGGAUGAGUCUCUGUUAACUAAGGUGAUCCUCUCUCCAGUGGAUUAUGAGUCUACAGAACCUUCAGAUGAGUCUCUGUUAACUAAGGUGAUCUUCUCUCCAGUGGAUUAUGAGUCUACAGAGAUGAAGUAG